GAGAUCUGUAAAUAGAUAAAUUAGAAAACAAGAUGAAUAAAAGGCUGUGGGGCUCUGCAGCUAGAACAGGUGACUGCCUGGGAAGGGUGGAGGAAGAUGUGUCCUAGAAGAGGUGAUAUUUGAACUGAGUAGGAGUUUUGUCAAGCAAAAAAGUGGAAGGGAAUCACAAAUCACAUUGAGCCAAAAAACAUCCAGUGUUUUCUGCCGUUACAAACAAAAUGAAUAUUCCCAGGCUACUACUACAUCCUCCCUGGCGUUUGCUAAAAGGCUUUUUAAGAGCACCUCUUCGACGUUGCCGUUCCCACCUCGUCUUUCACUCAAGGACUCUUCUCGGAGCAGGAACCCCUUGUGCUCAGCCUGUUCCUCCUCUCGGCCUCCACUGUGCAAAAUGGACGCUGCUGUCAGAUGGUUUAAAGAGACAAUUAUGUGUCCAAACAACUUUAAAGGAACACACAGAAGAACUUUCUGAUAAAGAACAAAGAUUUGUGGAUAAACUUUAUACCGGUUUAAUCCAGGGGCACAGGGCCUGCUUAGCAGAGGCCAUAACUCUUAUAGAAUCAACCCACAAGAGGAAAAAAGAGUUAGCCCAGGUGCUUCUUCAGAAAGUACUGGUCUACCACAGAGAACAAGAACAAAUAAAUAAAGGAAAACCACUGGCGUUUCGAGUGGGACUGUCUGGGCCCCCUGGUGCUGGAAAAUCAACCUUUAUAGAAUAUUUUGGAAAAAUGCUUACCGAGAGAGGGCACAAAUUAUCCGUGCUAGCUGUGGACCCUUCUUCUUGUACUAGUGGCGGAUCACUCUUAGGUGAUAAAACCCGAAUGACUGAGUUAUCCAGGGAUAUGAAUGCGUACAUCAGGCCGUCUCCUACUAGAGGGACUUUAGGAGGUGUGACAAGGACCACAAAUGAAGCUAUUCUGUUGUGUGAAGGAGGGGGAUAUGACAUCAUUCUUAUUGAAACCGUAGGUGUGGGUCAGUCGGAGUUUGCUGUUGCUGAUAUGGUUGACAUGUUUGUUUUACUGCUGCCACCAGCAGGAGGAGAUGAACUGCAGGGUAUCAAAAGAGGCAUAAUUGAGAUGGCAGAUCUGGUAGCUAUCACGAAAUCUGAUGGAGACUUGAUCGUUCCAGCUCGAAGGAUACAGGCAGAGUACGUGAGCGCGCUGAAAUUACUCCGCAGGCGUUCCGAAGUCUGGAGACCAAAGGUAAUUCGUAUUUCUGCCAGAAGUGGCGAGGGGAUCACUGAGAUGUGGGAUAAAAUGAAAGAAUUCCGGGACCUCAUGCUCGCCAGUGGGGAGCUGGCCGCCAAACGACAGAGGCAGCAGAAGGUGUGGAUGUGGAACCUCAUUCAGGAAAGUGUGUUGGACCAUUUCAGGAGUCAUCCCGCAGUCCGGGAACAGAUUCCUCUCCUGGAGAAAAAGGUUCUCAGCGGAGCCCUGUCCCCAGGACUGGCUGCAGACGUGUUGUUGAAAACUUUUAAAGGCAGAGACUCGUGAAACGUAUCCUGUAUAAUGAUUUUAUAUAUCAUCUCAUGAAGUAUUUUAAUAUUAAAAGCCACUUGGAUGCUUAUA